AUGACCGGUGAGAGGAAUAUUCCUCAACGGCCCAUAGACAUGGCCUCGUCACCGAAAUACCUCACUGGCGAUAAGGCCUCGAUCAAUGAGUUCAUUGACAAGUUUGAUACGUUUCUGUUCGACUGCGAUGGAGUCCUCUGGUCUGGCGACCAUGUAUUCGACGGCGUGCCCGAGACAAUCAUGAUGCUCAAAGCCCGAGGCAAACGAACCGUCUUUGUGACCAAUAAUUCCACAAAAUCUCGCGAAGACUACCUCCAGAAACUAUCUAACCUCCACAUCCCCUGCGAAAAGGAAGACGUUUUCGGCUCUUCCUACUCCGCAGCAGUCUACAUUUCACACAUCCUCAAAUUACCCUCAGGGAAGAACAAAGUCUUUGCCAUUGGCGAAGCAGGCGUAGAAAAGGAACUCGCUGCCGAAGGUAUCCCCUGCAUCGGCGGCACUGACCCCAAUUUCCGGAGGGACAUCACACCCGACGACUUCAAAGCCCUUGCUGAGGGAACAUCGCUUGAUCCAGAAGUUGGAGUUGUGCUAUGCGGGCUGGACUUCCAUAUCAACUACCUGAAGCUUUCUACUGCGCUGCACUACUUGCAACGUGGGGCGAUUUUUCUCGCAACAAACACUGAUUCCACGCUUCCCAUGCAUCAUAGUUUCUUUAUGGGCGCGGGCUCCUGCAUGAUUCCGUUGGAGUAUGCGAGUGGAAAGAAGCCCUUGGAGUUGGGGAAGCCCAGUCAGGCUAUGAUGGAUGCGGUCGAGGGUAAGUUCCAGCUGGAUCGGUCCAAGACUUGCAUGAUUGGAGAUCGUUUGAAUACGGAUAUCAAGUUUGGCAUUGAGGGAAAAUUGGGCGGGACGCUGCAUGUUCUCACCGGUGUGCAUAAGAAGGAGGAUUGGGAUAGAGAGGAUGCAGUGGCUGUCCCUGCUUACUAUGCUGACAAGUUGAGUGAUCUUGCGGUCGUAGCUUAG